UAAAACAUCUCUAAGCUACUUUUGUAAAGACUUCUUGAGUCUUGACUUCUGAUUACAGCUGCUGCUUCUGUGACCUUAAAAACUUUUUCUUUUGCCUGCCUUUAGCAGAAAUUACAGCUGAUCUUGACAUUAAAUUCAGUUAAUAUGGCAUCUGCACGUUUACCUGAUCUUCAUGUUUCAUUUGGAAGUACGAACAAUCUGGCAUCUCCGAGAAUACCAGAUGUAUUGGUGUCAGCAGAUACCCCUUAUAGGGGACGGAUGCUCAAAUAUGUAUGGUGCAAGCAGCGUCUACCCUUUAUUGGUGUUCAAGAUGUAAUGACAGUUGAUAUAACAGAUAUUGGUGGAAAAUCUUCUACACCUUAUCGUCUACCACGAAUAGAUGCUCCAAGCCCUCAUUCAAGACAUUAUGAAGAUUCUUACUAUUCAGCAAGAUUAUGGGGACAGUUUGGGUAUGAAAAUAUAAUAAGGAUACCAGAGUUAGGUCCAGAGAUAAGAAAACAUUAUGUAAACCCACCUAAAACAGUAGCUCAACAAUAUAGACAGGCUAAUCUUAGUGUACCCAAGUUUCGUACAGCUGCCAUUACUCCCACUAUGAAAGCAAUUCCAUUAAAUAAAGAUACAGAUGAUUUGGACAUGUACCAAAGUGUAUUAGCUAGUGGUCCAUACGAAAGUGAAGGAGGAGAUUUAUUAAUACCACCUGGUCCAACACCCACGCCUGUCAGCAGAACAUUCUCACCGACUAAAUCAGUUAAAAGUAUUCACUGGGCACUUGGAAGUUCUCAACAUCCAUUAUUUGAUAAAAAGGGUCGAGGACGAGUACAAGGACCUUAUUCACGAGAGUUUACAGUGACAUGUUUUGCUCCAAAUAAUUGGUUAAAAAUGAAACUAGGAGGAGGUCGAACCAGUUGUCAAAGCUGAAUAUAAUAGACUUUUAUUGAAAUACAAUUACCUGUUGAAGAACCAGACAUGGAUGUGGUAAUAUCAACAUAUCGAUACCCUUUCUUGAUGCCAAAGUGGAAAUGGCUUCUGCAAUGCUGUCAAUGUCAAAUCAAAUUGUAGGCCAAAUUAUGUGCCAAAUAUAUUAAACCUCAUUUAAGUAAAUAACAUGGCCAAAAGUUUUUUUACACAAUGUAAAUGUAAAAUGAUAUGGAUUCAAAAGGUUAAAGGAGCUGUAGCAGAAAUACUUUAGUGAAUAAAACACUGACUACAUCUGGGUCAAAGUUUUUUUAAUCCCAGGCAACCAUAGAGUUAUGUCCAUUAUUAUUUAAAACUUGCUUUUAUGGCUGGUGAAGAGAAAUUUGUAGCUUAUGGGCUUAUAAGCGGGGUAGCAAUCACGAUCUAUUAUUAUACAAUUCUGGUCAAUAUUUCUGCUAAUAUAAUAUUCAGUCCAAUCUAAUGCUUCCGUUUUAUCAUACUCAUUUAUUUCAUUUAACAUAAUGACAGUGGCAAGAGCAUGGCAUGUAUGCAUAUUCGGGAACACCUGAUAUCACUUUCUACUAUGGGAUUACCUCAUGUGGCUGAAUUUGUCAGCUAGACAGUGUAUUUGACCACUAAUUCGAAUCAGUUGUGCUUGAGUUUUAUUUUGAGCCGUUAACUUGGCACAAGUGAUAUAAGUUAUAUGUCUUUACAAUUUGAUAUUCAAUGUUCAUAUUUAAACCCACAUAUAUCAACAUAUAUUUAUUACAUGUCCCAUGAAAUCUAGUACAGCUCCUUUAAAGUCAGGACCAUCUGACAUCUUGAAUACAGUAAUGAAUAUUAAAUAUACUGAGAUGCAAUGAAGACGCAACACUGAUUUGACCGGAAGUGCUGGCGAGAGAUAUUGAAGCAGAAAUGUGAUUUUUAGCAUGAUUGUAGACCAGAUAUUUAAGGUCAAAAGAAAAUCAACAAGAACCAACAGAGCCACCUGUAACAGCCACAUAUGCCGCAUGGAGGAGACAAACCUCUGACUGGCUGCUUGGGGGAUCCUCUCCACUCUCAUUGCAAUGUUGCUUCCAGUGACUCUGGUAUUCACAAUGGCACAUUCUCAGUGUUCAGGUGUCAACCUUUGCAUAUCGUUGCAUCUUCCACAGAACUGUAGGAGUUUUGCUGUCCUUAGCAUUUUAAAAGCCAUAUUUCAUAUCCCAUGUCUGCACCAUAAAAUCAUGGUUUUCAACAUUCCUAUUCUGUCAAAUUCAUACUGUUUUUGUCUUUGAGAGAAUUGAUCUGUGUUUCUGUCAUGAUCUAAUGUUACAUUCAAAUCUUCAAGAUUAAAGUAUAUCUUUCAUCUAUUUAUAAAGGCAGUGCAUUUUCAUUGUGUCUCAGUAUAUAUUAAAUGUUUUGCCCAGUGGUGAAUGAUACUUGAUUCCUAUGCUCUGAUAUUUUACUUCCAGAAUUUACACCAACAUUUGUUUGGGCCCCAAUAACAUCAGUCUCAUGCAACACCACUCAUUUUGGUUUUAAUUUAAAAUGUUUCCAUCUUUAAUCUAAGCACAAUAUAUUUAUUGUAUAUCUCUAAAUAUUUGAGAGAGUUAUUUGAAAUAAUUUAUGACAAGUUGUAUUGUUUACAUUUUGUUCAUAUCAGUAGAUUUAUAAAUGACAUUCUAGUUUAUUUUUGAAUUUGUCCCACACUUAAGUAGGUAUUUUGCUGUCAUCAGUUAAUCCUGAAGUAUUAACCAUAUUAAUAUGCAGGAAAUAUGUUGUUUUUAUAAGCCCACAUUUAAUGUGGAUGUAUAUUAUUGUCACCUCCAUCUAUUGUCUGUCCAAACUUUCUGGUGAACACUCUACAGAUCAGUGUUCUCAACAGAUUUUUUAUCAGUUUUGCAAUGAUUGUUUAUUUAAUCAUAAGGGUAAAUUCUGAAUAUUUUUUAUUGCAAAUCACAGAGUUAUAUCCUUCAAUUCCUUGGUUACUUUAAAAUUUAUGAAUCUAAUUACAACUUAAGUUUUGUAGAGUUAUGUUUCCGUUCACAUUUUUACUUUUAAAACUUGGGACAGAGUUUGGGAUUUGUUGACAAUAUCAUGGACAAUCGGGCAUUUAUCUAUGCUUUUACUGAUAGUAAAAUGUUUGCGUUGAAUGAUGUAUUUAAGAUUAUGACUUUAUGACUAACAAAUUAAAAUUUGAUGAUUGUAAAAAUGUUUUUUUGUAAAAGGUUAACUAUAUUCUCAUUAUAUAGUGAUAUUAUUUAUACAUGUAUAUAUUUUGUGUUAUAUCUAUUAAUAAUUAACCAAAUGUGUUAUUUUUUUAAUUUAAAGAAAAUUAAAUGGUU